ACCCGUAUCAGGUUUCACACCUAACCCAGCCGAACUACAGACAUAAACGGCAGCAAAUGGGAAGUGAGUGACCGGGACUCGAUGUGUUAACAUCUCUUACCUGUGUGGAAUGCGCCAGGUACACGCUUCAGCCUGAGGUCUUUAAUUGAUACCUGCACAUUUAUGAUGGCCCACAGCUUUCCUUCCGUCCCCUCCGAACGAACGACACUCAUCCUAGUGACGGUUCUCCUGGUGCUGGUUUCUGAAGUCCAUUCCCAAGGCCGUCUGAAGCUGACUGUUCUGUCUGAAGAUCGGCUGCAGAUCAAAUGGAAGGAGGCAGAAGGGCCGGUGCAGGGCUAUAAGGUCCGUGUGCGGCCCAUCACAGAGGUUCCUCAGCCAGAGCUGAUGCUCACAACUACACGCGGCCGGGCCACGGUGGCAGGCCUGGACCCCAGACAGGAGUAUCUCCUCCAAGUUAUGGUGCUCAAUGGGACGCUGGAGAAACUCAUGGCAAAAAGACGCUUCACUAUCGAUGGGUUGCGGGAAGAAGAGUUGAUCCGCAGCGGGAACAGAGAGCAGAAGAAGAAAACUCACCCCAUUGGCUCUGGAUCUGGAGAGGUGGAUGACGUGACGGAGGCUCUAGCAGCCCUUCCCACUGUGCUCUACCGAGAACCAGUGACUACAGAGCCUCCUGUUGUACCUGAGCUUGAGCCAGAAGUUGACAGAAACACCAAAGAAAAGAAAAAGAAGAAAGACAAGAAUCGAUCCAAGACCGAGGAUAAAAACGAUCAAGAAGAAAAUGGAGGGAAGUCAGUGAGAGAAGAGGUCUCCAUCACCAACAAACCGAGAAAAACCACGCCAACCCAACCUGUCACAGCUGUUUCCACACGAAAGCCAUUUGAAUGCAGCGCUGGAGCUCAGGCUGAUCUGGUUCUUCUGGUGGAUGGAUCCUGGAGCAUCGGCCGCACAAACUUCAGGAAAGUGCGUGACUUCCUGGAGGGUCUGGCUGUCCCCUUUCACAUUGGGCCGCAGGGUGUGCAAAUAGCAUUAUCUCAGUACAGUGGAGAUCCACGGACAGAGUGGCAUCUUAAUAACUUCACCUCUAGAGAGCCACUUCUGGAGGCCAUCAGGAACUUCAGAUACAAGGGAGGCAACACUUUCACAGGUCAGGCUCUCAUACAUGCUCUUGAGAACAAUCUGAAGGAGGAGGUGGGGGCGCGACCCAACACCCCACAGUUCCUGAUGCUGCUGACUGAUGGGAAAUCUCAAGAUGAUGCCAUUGCUGCAGCUAACAGGCUGAAGAAUGCCGGCGUAGAGAUCAUUGCUAUUGGUGUGAAAAAUGCAGAUGAGGCAGAGCUGAGGCAGGUGGCGUCUGAACCGCUGGAGCUGAAUGUGUAUAACGUGAAUGAUUUUCCUCUGCUCAGUAAACUGGUGGGAAGAUUAGCACGCAUCCUCUGUGGCAAGAUUGAAGAACGUGUUAAAGCAAAGAAAGGAAUGGAGCGUCCCACUCAGGACCCAGUUCUGUCCUAUCCCAGCCCAACUGAUCUGCAGUAUGUAGGCCUAGGGUCGAGAGAGGUGCGCCUGCGUUGGACCGUCCCUAGCAAAAGUCCUCAGCAGUACAGAGUGGUGUACCACACCGCUGAAGGACAGAGUCUGAAAGAGGUGGUGGUGAAUGGAACAGACUCCACAGUUCUGCUGACAGGACUGUCCUCACAGACACAAUACCACCUGUCCAUCUUUCCUGUCUAUGAGAACAAUGUGGGCUCUGCUCUGAGAGGCACCUUCACCACUUUACCAUUGGCGAUACCUGAGGCUCUAGAGGUCACCGCUUCCUCCUCUAGCAGUCUGCGGGUGCGUUGGCAGCCGGCCGCUGGAGCCACACAGUACAUGGCCUUAUACUCUGCACUCAACGAUGGAGAGCCUGAUGAUGCCAAAGAGGUGAAGUUUGGACCAGCUCAGACGGACGUGGAGUUGGUGGAUCUGAUGCCAUCCACAGAUUAUUCAGUCACGCUUUAUGCUCUUUAUGAUGAGGACCCCAGUGACCCAAUUACAGCCAUCGGCACCACCUUCCCACUGCCGUCUCCUCUCAGUUUGCAGUUUCCCAUGGUCAGUCACAGCACUCUGAAGGUCACGUGGGUCCCUGGAGCUGUCGAUGUUCCUGCACACCGCGUCAUCUACAGCACCAAUCACGGCAGUGAUGUCAAGCAGGUGGAGGUCAAAGGUGUGAACACAGUGUUGCUGCAGAAUCUGUCUUCCCUCUCCAGGUAUCUGGUGUCAGUUCAGUCUCUCUACGAAAAGGGCCUGUCCACUCCUAUCACAGCCAAUGUCACUACCUUAAGAGUCCCAGCUCCCUCGGAUCUGAGAGUCACUAACUUCUCCGGCAGUGACAUAACCGUGCGAUGGGAAGCGGCGGCGGAUGACGUGGUCUCUUAUCUCAUCAAAUGGAUCUCCCUCAGUGAAGGAGACCUCAGGCAGUUGACAGUAGAUGGGGAGAGUGAGGGGGCGAUUUUGGAAGAGGUUAAGGAAGAUAAGGAGUAUCAGAUUUCCCUCUCUGCAUUAUAUGCCGAUGGCGCUCAGAGCGAGGCUGUGGCUAUACGAUACAGCACCUUAUCUGGAGGUGGUCCGAGCAGUUUGUCCAUCUCAGAGGAGACAGCAGUCAGUAUGCUGGUCAGCUGGGUUCACCCCAACGCUCAUGUGCUGCAGUACCGUGUGUCAUACACUCCACUCAAUGGGGAUGCAAGGGAAAACACAGUGUCAUUGCCCGGCAUCGAGAGGCGCGUCCUGCUGCAGAAUCUCCUGCCUGACACUCGUUACAGUGUGCUGGUGACUGCUGAGUACCGCAAUAGAGAGGGUGGCAGCGCCUCAGCCCAGGGGAAGACCACAGCCAGUCUACGAGUGAGCAGCGUGAGUGUGGUGCGGUCUGACCACUCCAGUAUAUGUGUGUCCUGGAGGCCCGUGCCAGCGGUCAGUGGCUAUCGCAUAGUCAUCCAGGCCCUCAGAGAUAAACAGACUAAAGAGGAAAUAGUAGAUGCUGCUAGCAGCAGUCACUGUUUCUCUGAGCUGCAGCCGGAAACGGUCUACCGCAUCAGUGUGCACUCCCGUGUGGGAACAGUAGAGGGCGCUGCGGUCACGAUCCUUCACCCUACUGCAACUGCUCCAGUGAGAAUUCAGGUUCCUCCUCGGCUGCAUCCCAUACAAAGAGAAGUGUGUCCUGAGACGACGGUCAGAAAUCAUGUGGUUAAAGGCUUCGACAUGAUGGAAGCGUUCGGUCUUACUCAGAGAGCACACUCUACCAUUGAAGGUGUGGCAGCUGAACCUUUCAUCUUCAGCACCUUACCCAGUUACACCCUCUACAGAGACGUACAGCUGACCCAGAGCACAGGCUUCAUUCAUCCGGCUGGCUUCUCUCCAGAACACACCAUCAGCAUAGCCUUCAGGCUCUUGCAGGAUUCACCCAGGGAGCCCUUCGCCCUCUGGCAGCUCACGGACAAUGACUUCCAGCCCAAGAUGGGGGUGGUGCUGGACCCUGAGAAGAAGGUUCUGCUGUAUUUCAGUCUGGACUACAGAGGAGAGAUACAGGAACUGACCUUCGACCAGCCACAAGUCCACUCAGUUUUCUACGGAAGCUUUCAUAAGAUCCAUUUUUCGGUCAGUCAGGUGAGUGUAUCUCUGUCUGUAGACUGCCAGCGGGUUGGCGAGAGGCCCGCACGCCCCCUGGGAACUUUGCCCACUGAUGGUUUUGAGAUGUUGGGCAAACUAGUGAGGACACGUGGACCUAACAGUGGAUCUGCGGCGUUCCAGCUGCAGUCCUUUGAGAUUGUGUGCAACACUACUUGGGCAUCAGAAGACAACUGCUGUGAUCUGCCCUCACAGAGAGACGAGGAGAGCUGUCCUGCCCCUGCUUAUGCAUGCACCUGCACCACCGACGUCCCUGGAGCACCUGGAGACACAGGGCCACCUGGGAGACCUGGCCCUCGUGGGGAGAAGGGAGACAAAGGAGAGGUGGGACAAAAGGGAGAGGUGGGCCCACCUGGUAAACCGGGCCCUGAGGGCGGCUUUGGCACGCUUGGAGCUGCUGGUCCACGGGGAAUAACUGUAAUGGGCAAAGUGGGCCCACCAGGAGCAAGAGGGGAAAAAGGAGACAUUGGAAGGCCUGGGAGCCAGGGUUUACCAGGGCCCCCUGGUCAAAAAGGUGAAGAGGGCAUGCCUGGUCCUAAGGGCACCAGAGGAGUGGAGGGUAACAUCGGUAGCCCAGGAAUCACAGGCCCAAGAGGCUUCCAGGGUUUGCCUGGUCAUCCAGGGCCAAUGGGAGAGAGAGGGCCAUUAGGUCCCCUAGGGCCCACCGGUCUUCCUGGAAGUAAGGGUGAGAGAGGCGAGAAGGGUGAGCCACAGUCUCUUGCCAUGAUCUACCAACUUGUUACACAGGCCUGCGAAAAACUUGUGCACAAUGAAGUGUUGAAGUUGGAUGCUUUUCUAAAUGAGAUGAAUCGAAAGCCAGUGCCCAUCCAGGAACCAGUAGCACCACCAGGAGAGCCUGGGAUACCAGGGGGAAGGGGGCCACCUGGAGCCCGAGGCCCUCAGGGUCGACAAGGAAGCAGAGGAGAGUCUGGGAAACCAGGGUACCCUGGUGAGCAGGGACGCAGAGGGAUGCAUGGUGAGAAGGGCUCUCCAGGAGCAAAUGCGGUGGGACCACAAGGAAUAAAAGGAUUUGCAGGACCUCCGGGUGAAGCUAAAAUAGGGGAACCAGGUCCCAAAGGUGAGGCUGGUAAUGUAGGACCACCGGGUAUUCCAGGAGCUCCAGGUCAGCAAGGAGAAAUGGGUCCCCCUGGUGUAUGCGACAGCAGUGGAUGUUAUCAAGGACCCCCGGCUGCAGAGGAUCCAUUCCCUGGAUACCAGCCUUGAGUUACUGAGAAGUAGCUGUUUUACUUCAGCACUGCCAGAAUCAUCUCUCUCCCCAGACUUUGUAGAAAGACACUGUGUGACUUAGUGGAUAAAGAGAUUCUGCCAGACGUUGACUUCGAAUGAGCCAGUCGAUGGACUCUUUUGACUUUAUUUUCUCCAUGUGGAAGCUGAUCUUAUCUCAGUACUCCCAUUCUGAAAUCACCAAAGCACUGAUCAUCCUUGACCCUGUCUUCCACCCAGUAUUCAUCCUGAUCUACUGCUUGGAGACUACAGUAGAUGCAUGUGCAGAAC